AUGAAUGCUUUUAAGAAGCCUUCAAAAACAAAACCUAAUCUGGACAGUAAGUCUAAGACCCAACAGUCCACACAGUUCAACCAAGGAGGGUACCCCCAACAGCCAAGUAGACCAGGAGGAUACCCCAACACAGGAGGCUACCCUCAACAACCAAGCAGACCAGGAGGAUACCCUUACCAAGGAGGUAACCCCAACCAAGGAGGUUACCCUCAACAACCAGGCAGACCAGGAGGAUACCCUUACCAAAGUGGGUACCCUAAUCAAAGAUUCUACCCAGGGUACCCAGGACAUCAAGCUGGUGCUUACCCAGCACCGGGCUACCCAUACAGGGGCAGUUAUGGCAGUUACGGGGGUUAUCCAGGUGGAUACAUAAACCACAACCCAAACAACAAAAUCCUGAGUCCUCACUAUGCCAGCAGCUUUGGGUAUGGGGGUUAUGGUGCUGGUGGCGGCUCUCCCUUCUCAAACUAUGCAAAGGCACAGGGCUUUGUUCCCUCUGAUAAAUCCAAAGGUUUUGGUCGCAGAGCAGCAAUGGCGGCAGCUGGAGGCGCUCUGACAGGAAUGGCCCUGGGCUACGGGUUAGGACGGUUCCCCCGUCCUCACUUUCACUUCCACAGCCCCCAGGAGGAGUAUUACUACAACUACUACAUGUACAGGAAGUAUGGUAUUAGAUCUACUGAUACAAAUGACUUCAGCAGAGAUUACGAAUACAUACAAGUUGACGUAACAUUUGAUAGUUUCAUAAAGUCCUGCAUGAAUAGAGCAGAUCUUCUCCCUGUAAAGAAUCGAAAACCAAACCUCAAACCAGCUGUGACUACAUCUAAACCCCCCACAGCUGCUACUGUGAACUCCACCACAGCAUCAAUUACUGCUGCUCUUGGCACUGCCAGCAGCGCCACAAGUAACAGCACCGCAACGAAAAACUCCUCAACCGAUUCCCCUUCAACUCCUCACCCUCCGAAUAAGUAUGUAGACAAUCCUGCACCUGCAGCUUCACAGCUUCUCCAAACUGAUGAUGAUGACACAGUGAGCAUUGUGGAGAUUGGUUACCCAGCACUGAUCACACAGGUUAAGCUCAAGAGGUGCAUCGAACUUUACAUCGUCAAUGCUGAAAGAAACUUGAAGAAAAAGACCAAACUUGAAAGCAGCAGUGGGGCGCAAAGACUGCAGACAGACUUGCGAGGGCUUUUCUCUGUCAUCACCAGCAUUACAGUGAUACUGCAAACACAGCUGCACUAA